AUGAUGUCUGCGGCCGCCGAAGACGAGGUAGUGCAAGCCCCUCCGCAGCCGCCGUCCCCCCUGCCAGACGAGCCGUUCUUCGCCCCGGCCAUCGUGGACGGCAUCGACCCGCUCCCGCCGCUCAAGGACCCUGUAUCCGACCUCUUCUCGGCCCUCUCCACGCGCAUGUCCGACGCGGUGCGCUCCGUGCGCCUGCCGUCCUCGCGGCUGCCGCCCCUUCCGUCGCUGCUCCUCUUCGGCGACUCGCUGACCGAGCUGGGCGCUUUCUCCGCGGGCCCCGCGGGCCCCGGCUGGGUCGCCCUGCUGCGCGAUUCGUACGCCGGCGUCGCCGACGUCUUCGCGCGCGGCUUCUCGGGCUACAACUCGCGCGCCGCCCUGCACAUCCUCCCGCGCGUCGUGUCCACGCUCCCGGCCACCGCCCCGCUGCGCGCCGCCCUCAUCUUCUUCGGCGCCAACGACGCGUGCGUCGACGGCCGCCCGCAGUGCGUCCCGCUCGACGACUACAUCGCCAACCUGCGCACCCUCGUCGACUUCCUGCGCGCCAUCCGCAGGACUAAUCCCGUCGUCCCCGUCCUCAUCGCCCCGCCGCCCGUGCAGCAGGACCGCGACGACCCAGAGCCCGAGCGCCUGGCCGCGCGGACGAGGGAGUAUGCGAACGCGUGCGUCAAGCUUGCGAAGGAGCUGGAAUGCCCCGUCGUGGACGUGCAUGCGGAGAUCUUGAAGAGGGUCAGGGAGGAGGGCGGGGAACUUGUGGAUGAGCAGAGCGCGCUGGGCAAGUAUUUGUGCGAUGGCUUGCAUUUGUCGAAGGAGGGGAACGCCGUCGUGCAUGAGGCCGUCGUCGACACGCUUUGUAGAGAGCUCCCGGAGAUGUCGCCGGAGAAGUUGAGCAGGCCAUUUCCGCCGUGGCGAGAGCUAGACUUUGAAGAUCUUACGCAGUCGUUGGGGCAUAGUUCGCUCGUGUGA